AUGGAAAUCCAAACCUUCUCAAGUACCUCCGAGCCCAAUGAACUCCUUCUCGCCCCAAAUCUCAGGGAAUUCGAUCGCAGCAUACGAAUGUGCCUCCUCGGUAAACUGGAUUCCGAGUACUGGGACCAAUACCAGUCAAUGAAAAGUCCCCUGAUAUGUGAAAACCGAAAACAAGUAAAUGAACUCCUGAUCCAACUCGAAGAUAGGUCUACAACUUGCUAUGUCUGA